UAUGGCGCCGGACAUUACACAGUUCAAUAAUACACGCCGGGCAGCAGAUCGAGUAACGCGUUACGUUAAUAUAUCGCAGACAGACCUUAGUGAAGACGGAAAUGGGAAAUGGAAAGUUUCAGCGAAAAUUCAACAACUUCUGAACACAUUGAAACGGCCUAAACGACGACCACUUCCAGAAUUUUAUGAGGAUAACGAUAUUGAACUGGAAAUAGCUGCAAAUCCAAAAGAUCCAAAUGCUCCCAAACCAGAAGGUAGCACGAUGACGGCUGUACAAGGGGAACAACUAUCUGUAUCAGCUAGUUUGCCUAGAUCAUUAGAAGCUGCCGUUCAACGUUAUGGCACGAAUUCAUUCAAAUCGUCAAUGGCCACUGUAGUCGAUCCUAAUGGUAAAAUAACGACUACAUUGUCGUAUGGAAAGUUAUUGUCCAGAGCCCAGAAAAUUGCAUAUGCAUUAUCAACAAAAAUAUUUAGCAAAGGUCCAGAGCAGGUCACCUUAAAACCAGGAGAUCGGGUUGCUUUAGUGUAUCCUAACAAUGACCCACUGAGUUUCAUCACGGCUUGGUAUGGUUGCAUGUUUAGAGGACUUGUUCCGCUUCCUAUAGAACUGCCACUAUCUAGUUCGGAUACGCCCCCACAACAAGUUGGAUUUCUUUUAAGUUCUUGUGGCAUAACCGUAGCAUUAACUUCGGAAGCCUGUUUAAAAGGUUUACCAAAAUCUAGUACUGGAGAAAUAGCUAAGCUAAAAGGUUGGCCACGAUUGCAGUGGUUUGUUACGGAACAUUUGCCAAAACCUCCCAAAGAUUUCAUAAUCGGUAAUUUACGCAUUGAAGAUAAAAGUACUGCUUACAUUGAAUAUACUACCGACAAGGAAGGCAGUGUAAUGGGAGUAACGGUUACACGAUUGGCUAUGAUGAAUCAUUGUAGGGCAUUGACUAUGGCAUGCCGAUAUACAGAAGGCGAAACUAUGGUGUGUGUUUUAGAUUUCAAGCGUGAAGUUGGACUUUGGCAUGCCGUUCUCACUUCCGUUUUGAAUGGGAUGCAUGUACUUUUUAUUCCUUAUGCCCUAAUGAAGUUAAGGCCAUCAUCGUGGAUGCAGUUAAUAACGAAACAUAGGGCCUCAUGUUGUCUAGUCAAAAGCAGAGAUUUGCACUGGGGCCUUCUAGCAACGAAAGACCAUAAAGAUAUAACCCUUUCAUCUCUCAGAAUGCUCCUUGUCGCCGAUGGAGCAAAUCCAUGGUCAUUGUCCUCGUGCGAUCAGUUUUUAAGCGUUUUUCAGUCCAAGGGAUUACGUGCUGAUGCUAUUUGUCCAUGUGCAAGUAGCUCGGAGGUGUUUACGGUCUCUCUGCGUCGUCCUGGACGUUCAUCGGUUGGAUUUAGUCAGUCGGCUACUGGCAGAGGGGUACUAUCAAUGGCUGCCUUGUCUCAUGGCGUGGUUCGAGUGGACAGUGAAGAUUCGUUGACCUCAUUAACACUGCAGGAUUGUGGGCAAGUUAUGCCAACGGCUACAAUAGUAGUAGUGAGGUCGGAGGGACACCCGGUUUUAUGCAAAACAGAUCAAGUUGGUGAAAUAUGCGUUACAAGUGGUGCGACAGGUUCGACUUACUAUGAAUUAGAGGGCUUGACAAAUACGACUUUCAAAGUGCAACCCCUUUUGGAAGAUCCAGAAUGUGAUAAAGAUGGUCAAAUCAUUAAAUCUAAACCUAUUAGCGAAGAGUUCUUCGUACGCUCCGGCCUUUUAGGAUUUUUAGGGCCCGGUGGUCUAGUUUUUGUUUGUGGUUCACGUGAUGGAUUGAUGACUGUUACAGGACGAAAGCACAACGCCGACGAUAUAAUUGCUACUGUACUGGCGGUGGAACCAAUGCGUUUUAUAUAUAGGGGCCGCAUUGCAGUUUUCAGCAUAAAAGUUUUAAGGGAUGAACGUGUAUGUGUCAUAGCAGAACAACGACCUGACUGCUCAGAAGAGGAAAGUUUUCAAUGGAUGUCUAGGGUGCUGCAAGCAGUCGAUUCUAUUCAUCAAGUUGGCAUAUAUUGUUUGGCGCUGGUACCGCCUAAUCAUUUGCCCAAGACACCUUUAGGAGGGAUAAAUCUAUGUGAAGCUCGUCGAAGAUUUUUAGAUGGAACUCUACAUCCUGCUAAUGUUCUUAUGUGCCCCCACACAUGUGUAACAAAUUUGCCAAAGCCAAGGGAAAUCCACCAAGGUGUCCAAUCUACUGCAAAACUAAGUUCAUCUGGAUGUGGUAUUACAGACACUUCGGUUGGUCCAGCAUCGGUAAUGGUUGGCAACUUAGUUCAAGGAAACCGUCUUGCUAUUGCCCAGGGACGAGAUCUUGGUUUAUCAGAAGAUAACGAACGCAAGCAUCAAUUGAUUACCGGUGUUCUACGUUGGAGGGCAACUACAUCACCAGACCACGUGCUAUUCACGCUUCUUAAUUCUAAAGGAUCUAUUGCGAAAACUCUAACGUGCUCAGAAUUACAUAAGCGCGCUGAAAAAAUUGCCGCUUUAUUGCAGGAAAAAGGAAAAAUCGAGCCCAAUGAUCACGUUGCAUUAAUAUUUCCUCCCGGAUUGGAUUUAUUAUGUGCAUUUUACGGUUGCCUUUAUUUAGGAGCUAUACCAAUUACCAUUCGACCACCACAUCCACAAAAUUUAAUUACGACACUGCCUACUGUGCGUAUGAUUGUUGACGUAUCUAAGAGUGUCAUUGUAUUGUCUAUCCAGUCGAUAAUAAAACUGUUGAAAUCCAGGGAGGCAGCUGCUUCUAUAGAUCCAAAGACAUGGCCAACAAUAUUGGAUAUUGAUGAAAAUCCCAAGAGAAAAAUUUCAAGUAUUUACAAUGCACAAUUAGAUUCGACAGCAUAUCUGGACUUCAGCGUCUCAACAUGCGGCAGACUAAGUGGUGUAAACAUAAAUCAUCGUUCCCUUUCAAGCAUUUGUGCCAGUUUAAAGCUUGCUUGUGAAUUGUAUCCAUCUAGACAUGUGGCUUUAUGUUUAGAUCCAUACUGUGGACUGGGAUUUGCAAUGUGGACGCUUAUUGGAGUUUAUAGCGGUCAUCACUCAAUUUUAAUCGCUCCAUACGAAGUUGAGGCCAAUCCAAGUUUAUGGUUAUCCACCUUAUCGCAGCACAGAGUCAGGGAUACAUUUUGUUCAUAUGGCGUUAUUGAACUGUGUACCAAAGCCUUAAGCAAUUCAAUUCCCUUAUUAAAGCAAAGAAAUAUUGAUCUAAGAUGUGUGCGCACAUGCGUGGUUGUUGCCGAAGAAAGACCCAGAGUUCAAUUAACUCAACAAUUCUGCAAAUUAUUCCAGGCUCUUGGUUUGAAUACUAGGUGUGUUUCGACAUCGUUUGGAUGUAGAGUUAACCCUGCCAUUUGUGUCCAAGGCGCGAGUUCAGCGGAAAGCGCUCAAGUUUAUGUGGAUUUGAGGGCUCUUCGAAACAACAGAGUUGCACUUGUUGAGCGAGGUGCUCCCAACUCACUAUGCCUAAUAGAAUCGGGGAAACUUUUACCAGGUGUUAAAGUUAUAAUUGCAAAUCCCGAAACUAAGGGUCAUUGUGGAGAUUCACAUUUAGGAGAAAUAUGGGUGCAAUCUUCCCACAAUGCAAAUGGAUAUUACACAAUUUAUGGAGAUGAAACCGACUACAAUGACCACUUCAAUGCUAAACUCGUCACCGGUGCAACUACUGAAGUUUAUGCGAGAACUGGGUAUUUGGGGUUCUUAAGACGUACAGAAUGUUCGCAAUCCGUUUCUGUAUUAGAUGAAACAACUCCCAGUAUUGCAAGUCGAGACAGUGAUAAUGACUCCAUUAACUCAUUGAACCAUUCCCAUGCUAACAUUAUUCAUACUUCUGGCAAUUCAGUAACACUAAGCGAGCAGGGAGACCAGGAACAGCACGACGCGGUGUAUGUCGUUGGUGCUCUUGAUGAGGUAAUUGCUUUACGCGGCAUGAAUUAUCAUCCAAUUGACAUAGAAAAUUCGGUUUUGAGGUGCCACAAAAGGAUUGCCGAAUGCGCGGUAUUCACUUGGACAAAUUUACUUGUCGUUGUCGUUGAGUUGGAUGGAAACGAAUCCGAAGCUCUCGACCUGGUGCCACUGGUCACAAAUACAGUCUUAGAGGAACACCAAUUGAUAGUAGGAGUCGUAGUUGUUGUAGAUCCAGGUGUUGUUCCAAUAAACAGCAGGGGCGAAAAACAACGAAUGCAUUUACGCGAUGGUUUUUUAGCCGAUCAAUUGGAUCCUAUAUACGUCGCAUACAAUAUGUAAAUAAUACUUUCUCAUUU